UGGGGAGAGCGGGAGAGAGUAGACAGUAGUAAUAGUAGCAGCAACAGUGCAAGCACAGUAGUACGAUGAAGUCGGUAACCACGGCGACGGCGGCUACGCCGGCGGGCGCGAGUAGCGGCACGGCGGGCCCGCUCAACACCGUGGCGAACGGGCGCGUGCACCGGCAGCGGCGCGACGUCGAGAACGAGGAGAUCCAGAUGUACCUGUCCAAGCUGAAGGAGCUGGUGCCGUUCAUGCCGAAGAACCGGCGGCUGUCCAAGCUGGAGGUGAUCCAGCACGUCAUCGACUACAUCUGCGACCUGCAGUACGCGCUGGAGACGCACCCGGUGGCGGCGGCGGCGGCGGCGGUGGACGGCGCCAGGCAGCCGCAGCAGAGGGGCGGCGCGCUGCCCCCGGCGCCGGCCAGGCAGCCGCUCGGCGUCAUCGCGCCCAACGCCAACGUCGGCGUCGCCGUCAACGCCACCUGCGCCGCCCAGGACCUGCUGCACGCCGCCACGGCGCCUGUACACCUCGACAAGGCGACGCCGGUUGACAGCAGGCCUGUAUCCUGCUGAGGGACCAGAACAGCACCGUAUCGCUGUCAUCACCUCGUCAUCACCGUCACCAUCAUCUCGAAAGUCAUCCAGUCAUCAUCACAUUGUCACUAAGCGGACCAUCUGUCAUAUCAGGGCUUCAGGAAAUUUUUUGACAGACACUUUUUUCACCUUUGUAUACAAAACUAACAGUGAGCAGUACUAUUUGUAUAUGAUGAGUGGAUCUCAAAAGUGUUUUUGAAUCACACCGUGUCGUCCUUUCACUCAAUGUUUUCAUAGUUAUAAGCAUGUUACAGUGGAAUUGCAUGUUACAGUGGAAUACAUUUCGAACUUUUCCCCCAAGUUACAGUGGAAUACAUUUCGAACUUUUCCCCAAAUUUGUCACAGCUAUGAGGUGCUCAAUCUGAGCAAGGCAAGAUCUCCUCUGGUUUGGAAUAACAAAAUUAUAACUUUUAUGGUUGAAUUGUUAUACUGAUCAUUAAAUUUGGAAAAAGGAAAUUUGUUGCACAUUUGUGCUUAGACAAUUGGAGUUGAACUGCUCAGAAACGUACCUUGUAGCGUCUCUAUAUCUUGUGUAAUGUCGUUUGUUCACUUAAUGUAAUGUGUUGUUAUUCACUUGAUGUUCUACUUAUUAAGAUGAAGCAAUUUAAAUAUCCUAAACAGUCAGUGUUGUUGUCGUAACUUCUGCUGUUGUCUGUGAUGUAAGACUCAUAAUCAAUGUGUAUAUAAAUAUAUCUGUACAAAUUUGUUGUAAAUAAGGACUGUACAUACGAUUUUCCUAAAUGUAUAUUAUGUAUCACCAGUAGCCAGAGGGUACGAGUGUGUCAGUGUAUUCUCCUGAACAGUAAAUAGGUUACUUUGGCCAGUAAAUUGUUUAUUGUUCCAUUUUCCUGUGUGUGUGAAUUUUUAAGUAAAUUAUAUUCACUAGAUAG